GCGUCUUGUGGUAGCAACAAUUUUUAGCAAAAACACGAGGAAUCAAAAUUAUGUUGAUAAUUAAAUCAAAAGAGUCUGAUCACCCCCAAUUGAUUUAUACCCACUGGUUACUUAUACCAACAUAUAAUUGUCAUUAACUACAGUAUGUCAGACAUACUGGUGAAGAAAAGUAAGAAAAUUGCAUUUAUUCAUCCUGAUUUAGGGAUUGGAGGAGCUGAACGAUUGGUGGUUGAUGCAGCAGUUGGAUUACAAGAACUUGAUAAUGAAAUCAUCAUAUUUACAUCCCAUUGUGAUAGAACCCAUUGUUUUGAAGAAGUUAGUAGUGAAUUAUUGAAUGUUGAAGUGUUUGGAGAUUUCUUACCUACUAAUUUAUUUAAAAAGUUUCAUAUUUUAUUUGCAAUCUUAAGACAAUUAUAUUUAACCAUUCGAUUGAUUUCAAGUAGUAGAAUCAAUGAUUAUGAUUAUUUCAUUGUUGAUCAAUUAUCAUUCUGUAUUCCAUUAUUAAGCUUAUUCAGUAGACAAGAUUGUCAAGUUUUAUUUUAUUGUCAUUUCCCUGAUCAAUUAUUAGCCAAAAAAGGUGGUGUUUUAAAAUCAUUAUAUAGAAUUCCAUUUGAUACUAUAGAAGAAUGGACUACAGGAUUCAGUGAUAGAAUAGUGGUUAAUUCAAAUUUCACCAAGGGAAUUUUUCAUCAGACAUUUAAGAAUUUAAAUUAUAUUGAACCAGGUGUGAUUUAUCCUUGUGUCGAUACUACCAUCAUUGAUCAAAAUGAAGAUGUUGAAGCAUCUGAUAAAGAAGUUAAGACUUUCUUUAAUGGCAAUAAAUAUUUCUUAUCCAUCAAUCGAUUUGAGAAGAAGAAAAAUAUCGAAUUAGCCAUUAAAUCAUUUGCUAAAUCUCGAAAACUUUUACGAGGAUUAACUAAACCAAGAUUAGUCAUUGCAGGAGGGUAUGAUGCAAGAGUUAAUGAGAAUGUAAUUUAUUUAAAUGAAUUAACUAAUCUUUGUGAAUCUUUAAAAUUGACAAGUUUUACCAUAAGAGGGAAAUUAAUCAUUAUGCCCCCUGCUACUGAUGUAUUAUUCUUACCAUCGAUUAAAUCAUCUUUGAAAUCAUCUUUAAUCAAACAAGCCGAAUUAUUACUUUAUACUCCAUCAUUUGAACAUUUUGGGAUCGUUCCAGUUGAAAGUAUGUUAUUCAAAACACCCGUCUUAUGUGUUAACAAUGGUGGUCCAAUUGAGAGUGUGAUCAACUUCACCGAUGAUAACGUGGAUAAGGCCACUGGAUUCACUGAAGAGCCAGAUUAUGAAAAAUGGGCUAAGAUAAUGAUUAAGUAUUAUAAUGAAACCGAUCAAACCAUAAAGGAAAAGUUAGGACACAAUGGCUAUGACAGAGUAGUUAAUAAUUUUUCAAGAGAAGAAACAAGUAAAGCAUUCUUAACCAAUUUAGAACAAACUGUUUCAAAUGAUCAUUAUAAAAAGGGUAUAUUAUAUUAUUUAUUCAAAAAUUGGAAAAUCAAUGUGAUUGUAUUAUUUAUUGCUAUAAUUGUAUAUAUAUUUGUAUCAUAAGCAAUCAACCGAUCAAAGUUUCUAAUUUUUCAUA